UACUCUUUCAUAUAAGACAUUACUAAUUCCAAACAUUUUCUUGUUAACAACAAACUCAAUUGAUCUUUCAAAUAAAAAAAAUAAAAACUCAGUUGAAUUCAAUCAAACUAUUCAAUCCCAAUUCAAAACCCUAAUUCUUCAUCUCAACCCUUCCAUUUCAUUCGCAUCAAUCAAUUUUAGGAUUUUUCUACUCUUUCCCCUUUCCCACCCACAAUCCCCAAUUCUCUCCAAUUUUGCUUCAAGUUUCUCCCUUUCAUCUUCCACCUUCGUGUUCUCCGCACAAUACCGUCUAUUUGGAUUCAGUUUUGAUCUUAGAGGGAUACACAAUCUAGUUGCUAGGAUUUCGAAGAGUUAAUUUCAUGUCUGAGUCAGAUACUCAGCCUCCUGUCACCUUUGUUUCCGAUGUUCUACUAUGGAAGCGGUGGCAGGUUUCAUUCGGUGUCAUUGUUGUUUCUACGGUUGCCUGGCUCCUACUUGAGUGGACAGAUUUACCAUUCUUAACAAUUUGUUCAGAUGUCUUGCUGCUCUUGAUCGUACUAUUGUUUCUGAAUUCUAACUAUGCUGCCCUUAGAAAUAAACAACCACCAACAUUACCUGAGCUAGUAGUGUCAGAGGAGAUGGUUAACAAUGUAGCCGCUUCAUUUCGGGUCAAAAUCAAUAAUGUGCUUCUUAUAGCUCACGACAUCACCGUUGGCAAGGAUUUCAGAAUUUUUUUCAAGGUGGUGGUUUGCUUGUGGCUCUUGUCUGUCAUUGGCAGCAUCUUCUCCUUUUUCACACUUGCAUAUAUUGGAACCCUCAUGAUGUUUAUUGUCCCUGCAUUGUACAGAAAAUAUGGAACUUACGUAGAUAAGUGUUUCGGAGUUAUCCAUCACCAAUUUUCAAAACAUUAUAAAAUUGUUGAUGAGAAUGUUCUCAACAGACUGCCUCGUAAUAUACCGAAAGACAAAGAAUCUUGAUUUUCAAGCUAUUUAACCUCCAUGUGUAAAAAUCAACAACAAAGAAUCUUGAUUUUCAAGCUAUUUAACCUCCAUAUGUGUAAAAAUCAACAAUUCAAUCUUAUUGAUCUGUUAUUUACAAUUUUGCUAGCACUUUGCAAUUCGCGUCAUACUUGUAGGGAACAAUUUUGUAGUUUAGAUGUUGCUUGAGUCAAGUUUAUGGUAGCUGUUUUCAUUUUCUGGGCAUAGAAAUUGAGAAUUUGUUUGAAAAUUUGUACCACAUAGCUUGAGGAUUUUGGACCCAGUUUAUUAGUCAAUCAUUUGAUAAAUUUA